GACUGUUGUCAUGGGGGAGGUGGAGGCGCUAGGUGGCUACUGGCGCCCGAGGUAGAGAGGCGGGGGCGCUGGAGUUGGUCGGCGGCAGCUGCAGACUGAAGAUGUUGGGAAAUUACUGCUAACACCCAUAAUUUAUUAUGGCUCCUGUCAUUGGAAUAUUGGUUUCCUUUGAAAACAGGUAUAAUAUGAUUUGGGCUUAAGCAACUUCUUCCAAGGAAGAAGGCCAGUGCAGCUGCUGUUAUAACCCAAGAUCUUGAUCCACAUCCAUAGAUUGGAAUAUUGGUGGGCCAGCCAUCCUGAGAUACCUCACUCAGGACAGAUGAGGAAACUGAGGCUUGGUGAAGUUACGAAAGUUGUCCAAAGUCACACAGCUUGUAAAGGGCACAGUCAAGAUUCAGAGCCAGGCUGGUUGAAGUGCUUAAAUCCCUCAUGGAAAGAAUGAGCAAUGCUCCUGAACAGAAAACUGAAGCUUGUAAAAAUUAAAAUGAAUAAACUACGGCAAAGUUUCAGGAGAAAGAAAGAUGUUUAUGUUCCAGAGGCCAGUCGUCCACAUCAGUGGCAAACAGAUGAAGAAGGAGUUCGUACUGGAAAAUGCAGCUUCCCAGUCAAGUACCUUGGGCACGUAGAAGUUGAUGAAUCAAGAGGAAUGCACAUCUGUGAAGAUGCUGUAAAAAGAUUGAAAGCUGAAAGGAAGUUCUUCAAAGGCUUCUUUGGAAAAACUGGAAAGAAAGCAGUUAAGGCAGUCCUGUGGGUAUCGGCAGACGGACUCAGAGUUGUGGAUGAAAAAACUAAGGACCUCAUAGUUGACCAGACAAUAGAAAAAGUUUCUUUCUGUGCCCCAGAUAGGAACUUUGAUAGGGCCUUCUCUUACAUAUGUCGUGAUGGCACAACUCGGCGCUGGAUCUGUCACUGCUUCAUGGCCGUGAAGGACACGGGUGAAAGACUGAGCCAUGCUGUAGGCUGUGCCUUUGCCGCCUGUUUAGAACGUAAGCAGAAGCGGGAGAAGGAAUGUGGAGUGACUGCUACUUUCGAUGCCAGUCGGACCACUUUCACGAGAGAAGGAUCAUUCCGUGUCACCACAGCCACCGAGCAAGCGGAAAGAGAGGAGAUUAUGAAACAAAUCCAAGAUGCCAAGAAAGCUGAUACAGAUAAGACAGCUGUUGGUUCGUCAGUGGCCCCUGGCAACAUUGCCACCUCCCCAUCCUCUCCCACCUCUCCCACUCUGGAUGCCACUGCCUCUCUGGAGAUGAACAAUCCUCAUGCCAUCCCACGCCGGCACGCACCAAUUGAACAACUUGCUCGCCAAGGCUCUUUCCGAGGAUUUCCUGCUCUUAGCCAGAAGAUGUCACCCUUUAAACGCCAACUGUCCCUGCGCAUCAACGAGUUGCCUUCCACUAUGCAGAGGAAGACUGAUUUCCCCAUAAAACACACAGUGCCAGAGGUAGAAGGCGAAGCAGAGAGUAUCAGCUCCCUGUGUUCACAGAUCACCAAUGCCUUCAGCACACCCUCCGAGGAUCCCUUCUCAUCCGCCCCGAUGACCAAACCAGUGACGGUGGUGGCACCACAGUCUCCUGCCUUUCAAGCUAAUGGCACUGACUCAGCCUUCCAUGUGCUUGCUGCUAAGCCAGCCCCUACUGCUCUAGCACCCGUAGCAAUGCCUGUGCGUGAAACCAACCCUUGGGCCUAUGCCCCUGAUGCUGCUAACAAGGGAAUUGCAGCCACACAUUCGGGGACCGAGUGGGGUCAGUCUUCUGGUGCUGUCUCUCCAGGUCUCUUCCAGGCUGGUCACAGACGCACUCCCUCCGAGGCUGACCGCUGGUUGGAGGAGGUGUCCAAGAGCGUCCGGGCUCAGCAGCCCCAGGCUUCAGCUGCCCCUCUGCAGCCGGUCCUCCAGCCACCGCCACCCACUGCCAUCUCCCAGCCAGUGCCACCUUUCCAAGGAAAUGCAUUCCUCACCUCUCAGCCCGUGCCAGUGGGUGUGGUCCCACCCCUGCAGCCAGCCUUUGUCCCUGCCCAGUCCUAUCCUGUGCCUAACGGGAUGACCUAUCCAGCCCCUAACGUGCCCGUGGUGGGCAUCACUCCCUCCCAGAUGGUUGCUAACGUGUUUGGCACCGCAGGCCACCCACAGGCUGCCCAGCCCCAUCAGUCUCCCAGCCUGGUCAAGCAGCAGACAUUCCCACAGUACGAGACAAGCAGUGCUACUGCCAGCCCCUUCUUUAAGCCUCCUGCUCAGCACCUCAAUGGUUCUGCAGCUCUCAAUGGCGUAGACGACGGCAGGUUGGCCUCAGGAGACAAGCAGACCGAGGCUCCUGCAGGCACCUGCACGGUGGAUCCCUUCGAGGCCCAGUGGGCGGCCUUGGAAAGCAAGUCCAAGCAGCGUACUAACCCGUCCCCCACCAACCCUUUCUCCAGUGAUUUACAGAAGACUUUUGAAAUUGAACUUUAAGCAAUCCUUAUGGCUUAUGUAUUUUGUCUGUACUUAGGCUCGGGCGGGGGGUGGAGGUCAGAGGAGCAAAGGGGACUUUGCAUUCCCAACCUGUAUGCUUUUCACUAAUCCAAAGGUCCCCAAGGGCAUGUCCAGGCAUAGCAUGUGGAAGUGGGUGAUUGAAAAAAGUGGAGAGACCCAUUCCUAGGGAAGAGCUGUUUUGCAGUUAGACUAAGAAAGUCAAGGAGCUGUCAUCCUCUGCCCUGCCUCCUCCCUCAGCCACUUACCAGUCUCUGGCAACAGAGAUGCAGAAGUAUCUGAACAGGAAUCUGUAUUCAAAGCACAUUUACUGGAAUAUAAAACAAUGGGAAGCAAAACGAUCUCCUUUUGUUUUUCAGGCCUUUCACCUGCCUGCUUUCAGCACUGGCCUUCUUAAAGAUCGAGAACAGGGUGGCCAGUGCCAGGGCUGGGGGCAAGAGUCAGGCUGUGCUGCUAGAAUUCCCAGCAGGGCCCGUCAGGAGCUGCCCAGCAGAGCUGUAUUUUAGAGGUAAAGUUGAGCUUCCAUUUUGAGUAAGAAUAAAUAUUAUAAAUAUAUAUAUCAAAAAGCCAAAAUCUUUAUUUUUAUGCAUUUAGAAUAUUUUAAAUAGUUCUCACUAUUAAAAAGUUGUAUGAGUUGUAAGUAAUCUUGCCAAAGGUAAAAGGGUUAGCUGUAAGAAAUUGUACAUAAGAUUGAUUUAUCAUUGAUGCCUACUGAAGUAAAAAAGAGGAAGGGCUGGUAGUUGCAGGUGGGAUCCCUAGCUCACUUGGUAUCAUUUACUGUAAGUAGCACACUGCAACAACAAUCACGCUUACGACCAGUACGGUCAGCUUGGUAGUAGUUUUAAAUAAAGAGCAAGCAGUAUUGUCCUGGUUUUACAUCUGUAAUGAAAUUCUAAUGUCAUUAUUUCAAUGGGUUCAAUCUAAAUAGAAAAUGUAUUUUCUUUUCUAUACUGCUGCAGUUUCCUUAUGUUAAUCCUUUAACACUAAGGUGACAGUGAUGUAAUCAUAUCCAUGAGACGGGAACGCAGGUUACCGUGUUGUCCUGUAGGUCUUGGUGGGUUUUGUUUUGUCCUUUUAAGUUUUGUUCCCAUGAGUUUUGUGGGGAUGGAGGUCCUAGUCUUGUUAGCACUGCGUGUGUGUGUGUGCGUGCGUGCGUGUGUCCAUCCCUCUCCUUGUGGUGAGCCGAACAUCCUGUUGCCAGUUGUAGCCACUUGACCUCUGGUAACAACAUAAGAUCCCAUCUCAUUUUUACUUUCGAACGUUGGCCUUACAAUCAAAUGUAAGUUAUAUAUAUAUAUAUUUGUACUGAUGAGAAUUUAUAAUCUGCUUUAACAAAAAUAAAUGUUCGUGGUAGAAGCUUUUGCCA